AUAAUGGCGUCAGUUGCAAGUUUGGCAACUAUAUUUUAAAGUGAUCGAAUCUAUAAAAUUCUUGGAAAGUAGCAUAACUGAUGUUAAAUAUCAAAUUUACAACAAACUUUCGUAAAUAAUAAGUGUUUUAUAGGUCUAUAAUAAUUACUCAAGUUAUUGUGGGUAAACAAAUAGUGAAACAAAGUUUGAUUCUGUAAGCUAAAGAAUGGCUGAAUAUUUAGCCGCUAUAUUUGGUACAGAAAAGGACAAAGUAAACUGCUCCUUUUAUUUUAAAAUAGGAGCAUGUCGGCAUGGAGAUCGUUGUUCCCGUAUUCAUAAUAAACCAACGUUUUCCCAAACGGUUUUAUUACAAAAUCUCUACGUCAAUCCUCAAAAUUCUGCAAAAUCUGCUGAUGGCAGCCACUUGGUUGUUGCAAAUGUGUCUGAUGAAGAGAUGCAGGAGCAUUAUGAUAACUUCUUUGAAGAUGUUUUUGUUGAAUGCGAAGACAAAUAUGGAGUUAUCGAGGAAAUGAACGUUUGUGACAAUUUAGGAGAUCACUUAGUGGGAAAUGUUUACAUAAAGUUUCGUCGUGAGGAGGAUGCAGAGAAAGCAGUAAGUGAUCUAAACAACCGCUGGUUUGGUGGCCGACCUGUUUACGCUGAGCUGUCUCCAGUAACAGAUUUCCGUGAGGCCUGCUGCCGCCAAUAUGAGAUGGGAGAGUGCACAAGAAGUGGUUUCUGCAACUUCAUGCACUUGAAACCUAUUUCCAGAGAACUGAGAAGGUAUUUGUAUUCUCGAGGUAAGAGCGGGCGUCGUUCCCGCAGCCGAUCACGUGAGCGUCGUCGUCGCUCUCGCUCCCGCGAACGUCGUCGUGAGCCGCCGCGCAACUCGCGCUCCGGGCGGUACUAGCCGCUAGCCGCUAGCCGCUAGCCGCUAGCUGGCAACACUGGCUCGCCAACAGCUGGCAACACUCGCCAGUAUCAACUAUACUACACUAGCGCCACUUCUGCAUUUCUAUACAUACACGUCAAGUAUGUAAAAAAUCAUUUAGUAACUAUU